GAUUUGCUGACUUCAUACCAAACAAAGAAUGUUUCAACAACCUGGUUAUAUUGAGAAUGUGUCACUGAGACUGUCAGAGGUUCUUGCUGAUAUAGGAGUGGAUGAGAGGAUUGUUCAGAAAAGAAGAAGAACAUGGCUGCUGAGGGAAUCUAUGAAAACAAUAUCACUACAACUACGGGAUAUUAAUGGUACUGGAUACUACUUAGGCAGUCAGUCUGAGGGAACCACUACACUGGGUCUUAACUCAGACAUUGAUCAACUUCUCUGUCAUAAUAACUACAUGUAUAAUGUGAUACAAGACUGGGCUGACUGGGAACCUGGUAAACUAAAUUACUUGAUGAUCCAGGAUGAGACUGUAUCAUCUGGGUACUGUCUACUACAACUCCUGAGAGAUGAUGCUCCUCUUCCUUACAAUGAUGUACUUGACGGAGAUCAUUUCAGAGACAGAACAGGAAGAAUAUUGCUAAAGAACACAAUCAUGUCAGCAGCAGCAGCUAAUGUUUAUGAGGGAGGAGUAAGACAUGGUCCAGCAUAUGCAGAACAAGGACAACCUGGGCUUAUAGAUAAUGACAUUGUUUGUGCUUUACCCUGUAAAUCAUGGCCUCUACAAGCUAUGCAAUGGUUAGAUCAGCAAGGUGUAGGUCAGUGGCAUUCAGAUGAAAUGAAGAGAUACUGUAGCAAAACUGGAUGUUUUGUUGUUGGUGUUGGAAGCAAGGGCAGUGAAAAUGAAGAGCUUGAAUGGAGAAUAUCAACAUCUCUAGCAGAAAGGUGUUUAAUGUUUAAUCUUAAUAUUACACAGAUUCGCUGUUAUAUUUUGAUGAAGAUGAUAUUAAAAACCUUCAUCAAGCCACACUUUGGAGACACAGUUUCAAGUUUCAUGUGUAAAACAGUUCUGUUCCACUGCAUUGCAAAUACACAUUCUAAUAACUGGAGAGAAAAUAAAUUACUUGUUUGUCUAUCAUUGUGUUUAUCUGCCCUGUACAACAGUAUUUUGAAUGAAAACUGUCCUCAUUUUAUCAUACCUGGAAACAACUUGAUGAGAGGACAUAUUUCCCAUGAAUCUACACCUUACAUGCUUGAUAUACUGCAGUAUAUUAUAAACAGCAAAGGGAGGGUAUUACUGGAGAUUAAAUGUGAUGAUCUUGGUGCAAGGAUUCAGCUGAAGUUAAGUAAUUUGCUCUUUGAGUUUGAUAUCAAAAAGAGUAACAUUAUUUCAGGGGAUUUAUUAGAUAUCACUGCACAGUCAACUGCUGUGGACAUACAGCGCUAUCUGACUAUAAUUACAAACUGUAGUUAUAAAGAAGCUAUACAAACAUUGCUGAAAUAUAUUUUCAAACUAGUCAUUAUUUCUAAACAAUGCCAAGGACUGGACAAAACAGCUAGCAGCCUUCAUGUAAUAUGGCUCUGUACCACCCUGGGAUCUAUCCUGGCAUCUCUCAACAUUCAACAGUACCAUGCGCUAUCAGCAGAAGCUCUCACCUGGAUUUUACUAGAUCUGAACACAGAUGUUGCGUGUAGUAAACUGAAGCUAGCAUUCAUGUUGUACUGUAUAGAAGAUUCUCAAAGAACAGAAAUUGUUCUUAGAGAUAUUGAAGCAAACUAUGAUCUAAACACUGUUGAGCCUGUUUGUAAGUGCCAUAAUUUCAUCCAUCAAGUUUCAAGAAAAGGAUUCAAUGCAAUAUGUGACAAUUAUAAUGAAGAAGCUAUAAAGUACACUAUAGCCUUCUGUGUCAAAUUUUUGCCAUGUGAAAUUUAUUGUGUUCCCCAUGAACUAAGAUAUGAAAUGUUUAGAUCUACAGAAGAGGACCUUGCUUUCAGAGGCCGCCAUGAUGAUUGGAUGGACUGGGCUGUAGUUGAUUCUCUCCCUUACCUCUACUUCCUACAAUACAAGAACUACAGCAAUAUCCAGAGACAGGAAGAUAAACAAAGAGCCCUUUCUAACCUUAUCAGGACCAUUGAUCUUGAACCAAACCUUGGACACAGGGAAACAGCCCUGAAUCUACUGGGACAGUGUAUGGAACAAGAGGGCCGGGCUAGAGAUGCUUUAUGUUGUUAUUUAUCAUCCUUAAAUCUAAGGGAGAGAAACAAUGCUGCCAAGUUCCAUAUCUGUAGACUGCUGUCUACUUUGGUUAAUGCCCAUUAGUUUAAAAUGAACAAAUAAGUUAUUUGACCAGUAAGUGUAGAAUAUCAAUUCAUUGAAGAUUUAUGUAUAUUGGUACAUGUGAUGUUUCUAAAAGUUUUAAUGAAAUGACUGUGACUCACUAUGUGAUAAAAAGGAAAUUAAGAACUUCUGUUUAAAUACCGCGCAUUAUGCGAAAAGACAAAUAUCACAGUCAAAUUCAUUUGGAAAGGCUGGACUGUAUAUAUAAUUGUGCUUGAAAGUUUGAUUUGAU